AUGGUUGGCUCAGCUGCCAUCACGUGCGACAUCGCGCCGAACGCAGAGCUGGCCGCCAAGUUCCUGCACGUGAACCCGGUGCACCGCGGCACGCAGGUCGGCUGCGAGAUGUCGGAGCAUGAGGUGAGCACGGACCGCGCCGAGUACGCCACAACGGGCGUCGAUCACACUGAGGGUGGCUGGCCCAAGGACAUCAACCCCCAGGACGUGGAGCAAACGACCCGCUUUAAGAAGAAGGUGGAGAAGGACGACGUGUACAUGUCCUCCGUGCUACAGCUCGGCUCGAUGAUGGAGCACUGCAUCAAGCAGAACAACACGCUGGACAUCUACGAGGAUAACUUCGGGGGCGAAGGAGCUGACGCCCCCGGGGACGACACCACCAGCGCCAAGACCAUCAACGUCUUCCGCGACCCCUGUCCCGUCCACAGGGCGGUGUCCAGUCUCAGCUGGAGUCCGGACGCCUCUCAUCUGGCCGCCGCCUACACCAGCCUGCGUUUCCAGAGCAGCGCCCAGGACCUGCCCACCCAGUCAUUCGUCUGGGACGUGGAGAACCCGAGCCGGCCCGACUACACCAUGGCGCCGCCGGACUGCCUGGUCUCGGUCGAGUUCAACCCGAAGGAGUCGUUCGUGCUGGCCGGCGGCACGUACCGCGGCCGGGUGUGCUGGUUCGACCGGCGGCGCGGCCCGCAGCCGGUGGAGAUGAGCACACUGGAGGCCAGCCACCGCGACCCCGUCUACAGCACCGUCUGGGUGAACUCCAAGUCCGGCACCGAGCUCUUCACCGCCUCCACCGACGGCAUGGUGCUGUGGUGGGACACGCGAAAGCUCUCAGAGCCGACGGAGACGCUGAUCAUUGACGUGAACAAGACGCAGGAGCCGUCGCUGCGGCUGGCGCAGGGCGCCACCGUGCUCGAGUACGAGACCACCAUCCCGACCAAGUUCAUGAUCGGCACCGAGCAGGGCUGCGUCAUCCAGUGCAACCGCAAGGGCAAGACGCAGACGGAGAAGAUCGCCGCCAUCUACUCGGCCCACCUGGGUGCCGUCAAGCAGGUCCAGCGGAACCCGGCCUUCCUGAAGAACUUCCUCACCAUCGGCGACUGGUGCGCCAAGAUCUGGUCGGAGGAGUGUCGCGAGAGCGCCAUUUUCUGGACCGAUAACGGCGAGGUGCGCCUGACAAACGGGGCCUGGAGCCCCAGCCGACCUUCGGUUUUCUUCACCACCAAGGCCGACGGCACCGUGGACGUGUGGGACAUCCUGUACCAGCAGCGGCUGCCCGUGCUCACCGUACAGGUGGGCGAACAGUCACUGGAGACGCUGCGGGUGCAGGAGGCCGGCUCGAUCCUGGCGGCCGGCAGCGCCGACGGUCAAAUCACGCUGCUCGAAGCUCUCCGACAGCCUCGUCAGCUCGCAGAAGAACGACCGGCUCGUGCUGACGCGAAUGUUUGA